GAAUUGCCUAGGAGCUUUAUUUGCAAGUGUGAAUUAGUAAAUAACAGGCGAUUGUGUGAGCAACAAUGUUGGUGUUGAUUUUUUUAGGAGUAUUAUUAGUAUCGCUAAUAAUUUGGAUUAAAUACUGCAAUUCGUACUGGGAAAGGCGAGGAGUGCCAGGACCUAAACCAUGGCCAUUGGUCGGCAAUAUCGGAUCGCAUUUCAUGGGACGAUGCACAUUAGGAGCGACAAUGAGAGAAAUAUACAAGACAUAUGAAGGAUACCCAUUUGUUGGAAUGUUUAGGGCAACCCAACCAGUGCUACUCGUUAGGGAUCCAAACCUUGUCACUCAAAUAUUGACCAAAGAUUUUGCAUCAUUUCGAAACAACGAAAUCACCGUAGACAAAAAGUCAAAUAUUUUACUUGGUCAUAAUCCUUUUGUGUUAAAGGAUCAAGAAUGGAAGGACACCAGACAUAUGCUUACACCUGGAAUGACUAGUGGCAAGAUGAAAAAUCUGUUCACACUGUUAAAAGAUAUUGCCUGCAUUUUUGUAAAAUUUAUCGAAAACCACCCAACGGCUGCAAGUGAUGGAAUCGAAACCCGGGCAUUAACCAAGAGAUUCACGUUGGAUAACGUGGCAAAAACUGCAUUCGGUGUCGAUGGCAAAGCAUUUGAGAGUUAUGAGGAUAUAUCGGAUUUUAAUAAGUUAGUCGAUCAGUUUUUAAAACCUGGGACUGUCCAGUCAAUAUUCAUUGCGUUGACGCAAAUUUUUCCAGGGAUUGUAAACUUAGCAAGCCUUUCAGUUGUUAAGCCAGAAGUGGAAAGCAAACUAAUUGAAAUUAUCUCCGACGUGCUUAAACAUCGCAGGGCAAAUAACGUUGAAGCUAGUGACUACUUGCAAUUUCUAAUUGAACUUUCCAAAGCAAAACACUUUGGAGAUACGGAAAUUACCGCCCAUGCAAGUACAUUCUUCUUAGACGGCUAUGAAACUUCAUCUUUGACUUUAUCGUUUUUGUUAUUCAAUCUCGCACAAAAUCCGGAAUAUCAGAAUAAAAUUCGAGAGGAGAUUAAAAAGUAUGAAUUGGAAAACAAGGGACAGCUCACAUAUGAUGCUCUCCACGAAAUGCCUUGGCUGAAUGCUUGCCUUUAUGAAUCCUUACGAGUGACUCCGGUAGCAGAUGUUCUUACAAAACGAUGCAAUGAGCCGUUUGAAUACACCGCCACUACAUCUGAUUUUAAAAAAAUGAGUGUUAAACUAAUUCCAGGGGAUGUUGUUGUUCUUCCGUAUGCCAUGACGACCGAAGAUCCCAAUUAUUUUGAAAGUCCAAAAAAGUUUACUCCAGAAAGGAUGUUUUCAAAGGACUCAUUUAUCAAGGGCACUUUUCAUCCUUUCUCAGAUGGUCCCAGAGCAUGCAUUGGUCGACGCUUCGCAAUUCUGCAAAUAAAACUAGGAACAGUCAGUGUUCUUAAACAUUUUAAACUAUCUGUUAGCCCUAAAAUGAAACAACCGAUGACCUAUAUUCCAUACCACAUUUUCAAUGAACCCAAAGGAGGGUUUUGGAUAAGAUAUAAAAAAAUUACAAAGUAAACAGCACUUGUGUGGUGAUUUGCUCGAAUGAUGCAACUAACAGUAACACCUUUUGAUGGGCCCUGUUGAAGCAUUUUGAAUGUAAUCUUUAUAAGUAUCAUCAAAUGCAUGGCUUAAAAUAUAUUUUGUUAACUCAUA